AACACCGGGACAAAUUCCUGGUAUGCAAAAACCUGCUUGGCAAUAAACCUGAUUCUGAUUGGAGCACUAGGUGGCGGUAGCUCGACAACCGCCGGUGAAUCAAAACAAGGAGAAGAAGUACGAAGUGUGCAGUGGGUGAUUUCAAACAUCUGGAGGCGCGUUACGAAUGAGAAAUGAACAUAUUUUUGGAUUUUUAUCACACACGCGAGUCUGUCUUUAUGAAAAUAGUGUUGCGUUAAUGUGAAAGUUUGGGUUAGCCUUCAGUUAGCCUGCAGCUCGGUGAAUGAAAUGUCUGUCCGACGGGCUCUGGUGGACUGUGUCGUGCUGUCUCUGCAGGGUGACUGUGUGUUUUAUCCGUGCUGUGAAGGCUGCUUCUCUAGGAUCGAUGUUGAACAGCAGGACACGACGAGAUGCAGAUGUUCAAAGUGUGGUUACAGCUGUCCGAGGGGGCAGCUUGAGUACAGAUAUCGUCUCUCAAUGAGGGUGUCUCGGGAUGCAUCCAUAUUUGGAGUAACAGUAUUUGGUACCUGCUUGAACUCAUUCUUUGGCAUUCAUGCAAGUGGUUUACAGAGGUUGGUGGAGACCCCUGAUGGACCAGUUGGAGCAUCAACCAAAGCCACAUUAUUGCGGAAGGCUGUUGAGGACUGUUUCAUUGGCAGACGUUUCAUCUUUGGUCUGAAGGUGACUAAAACAGACAGUGGACCUUUGUUUGGAGGGUCUGUUGCGAAUGAUUCCAGCAGUAAAGACGCUGUUCACUUUAUUGCCAGUCAGAUGAUUCUCCCCAAAGCUGCAGGCCUGGAAGGAUGCACUGUGGUCAGUUAUUAUCGCAUCCUUCUUCAGAAAGCUGCAGACUUUGAGCUGGGAUCCACUGAUCCCAGCAAAGCGUCCAGACCACCAGCUACAGACCUGCUGCUGAUUCCUUGUAAUUCUCCAGGCAGAAGCUUUAAUAAUAUUUCACUUUGUGCCGACGGUUUUCUUUCCCGCUCACUGCAAAGAUCACAGUACCAGGACUGCACCCUUACACCCACUCCUCCAUGGCAAAAAUCACUAGGACUAGUUACUUCUUCAGCAGAGCAGGAGGAAGGCUGCAGUACCCAGGACAGUGGAGAUGAGAACAACACACAGACAGACAACUUCAGAACACCACGUCAUGCACAGAAAGGCCGUCUGGAAGACCACAAAGUCACAGAGGAGACAGUGCUGUCCCCUCGUCUUUCUUUAGAGUGCAGGUCUUACAGUAAUCCGUCGUUUUCCAGAUACCCACACUCGCCUAUUGAGAAAGCUGUUGGAAACACCCCAAUCCUGAACACUUGUUUCAGUCCCUCCCCACCUGGCCACAACAUCUCAAGGCGGUUUUCUCCCAGACAACUCACUGAAACAUUUUUGCCAAGCUCCUUGGCUUGGGAUGAUUUGCCUUUCUCUGAGAGUCUUACAGAGUUUUUGUGUGAAGAAAACAGAAAUUUUGAGCCACAUCUGAACGUGCAAAUUCAGAAAGAAACAACAAGAAACAACCUGAAAAUGAGAUCACAGGACAAGGACUUAUCAAUUGAAUCAACCUCUGAUUGUCGAAGCAACACACAGAUAAAAGAUGGCGAGUCACAGAUAUUACUAGAUAUCACUAAUACACCUGCACUGAAUGACAGACAAGAUUUAUCUGAACAGCCCUGUAAGAACCCUGCUGAAUGUAAAAACAAGAGUCAAGACAGAUACUUGUGUUCCUUGAAGUGUCAUCAGGAGAAUAACAAAGCUAUUUUUUUGCCGUUUGAAAAUGAGGGAGAGCAGCUUGAAGAGGAUACCUACAAUUGUUCAGCAGACCUAUUUGGUAGCUCAUUCAUGAUUGAUAUGAAUCCAAACACCCCGACCAUGCAUGCAGAAACCAUCAGGACGAUCACAGGAGCUUGCCCAGUGCUUUCCAAGCCAGACAGAUGUCACCUAAGGAGUGAAAAGGCUUAUGACCCAAAUUCAACACCAGACAAACAGAAACAGAAAAGUAACAAGUGCAUUCACAGAGACAGUUUAAUUUUGCCAGGCACACAAGAUCUUGACUUUAUCCCUCCCUCUCAGUCCACCCCCAUAGUAAAACUAGCUGUUGUACCUGGGUCACCUACCUCCUCAUACAGAACCUUGACAUCAGGUGAUCCCAUUUCACAACCAGACAGUCAAGAGUCUUGUGCUUCCAAACAUUUGUCUGAAUUGGACAAUAAAAAGCCAGCCCAAACCGCCUCUUCUCUUUGCACAUUAAACUUUGUCGGUGCUCACCAGUUGGGCCAGUGUGGCAGAGAGUGCACAAACGAAAACUCAUUGUGGAGUGUGACAUCCAGCAGACACAGCCACAGAUUUACCCCCAAACGAAGAUUCUGGAAACCAGACAAGCAUAAAAACUAUCUUCUAGCUCAGCAGCACCUAAGGGUCCAAAGAGGGGCUCUAAACACAGGCUCAACGGGAAGUAUCAACCAUGACUCAAGUCAUUCUGGUGUGACUGUGUGUGACUAUAAGGACAUCGGAACAACCAUUGUUCCUCACACUCCUGUUGCUAAUACACGACAGAGUGUGACGCUCAGAAGAAGGCAUCAGGCUGAUGACAGCAGCAGUCGUUUGGGUUGUAUUCGGGAAGGACAGCAGGGAGAUGGAAUUAAAUGUAAAAGAACUCUGUUGGAUCAGACUGUCACAUCAUCACAGAAAGUUCUGGUACAAACAGGAAAGUCUGACAGUGAGACUGUUGGUGACAAGAGUCUGGACAGAUCUAAUUGCUACUUCAAUGACGACGAGAACGAGGCAUAUGAUUGGUCCAGAGAUCUGUUCUCUGACUCGGUAUGAAAGGUCCUGUUGCAAAUGUUUACACAUUGUCCCAGAGAUUUUUUUUUUAAUAAUGCCAUUCUGGAAACCCAAGUUGUGAUAAACAUACUUUGUGUUAAAAGAGUCGUACUACUAUUUAUGCUACUACUAGUGCUUGUACUCUGUGCUGAGCAAUUUAAGAAUUAAGCACAUACUAUAUUUUAAACACUAAAGAUAGGACAUGAUGUUCUUUUCACAUAUAACCAUUUCAGCUGAUUCAAAUCAAGAAUACAACCAUGCAGUCUUCAGUGACAAACAUUUGUAGUAGAAUGACAUAUAGUAAAGAUCUGAGCACCAACUUGACUUCAACCUUCUCAGAAGGGUGAAUACUCUUACAGCAGCAAAUGUCGGGCAACUCUUAUUACCACCUAUAGUUUUGGAAAGAGAUUUUAAAAAAGUCACAUAUGGCCCUAAUGUGUGGAUGUGCACAUAUCUUUUACAGAUUUACUUUGAAAGGCAUAAUCUCCUGCACUUUUAAAUAUUUUUUUUAAGAAACCUCUCAGUAACCUUUUGAUCAGAUUAACUUUUGAACAAUCAGGUGUGUAAUUUGUAUCUUGUCUGAAGUAUUUGGACUACACUGUGCAGUAAUUACACGUCAUGGGCACAUACUACAGUGUGGUAGAAGACCCAUGACACUUAGUAAUUAUUAUUAGUAACUGUGUUCUGAAGGCUUCGUACUGCUGCCCCCUCAUCGUCAUUGCUGGAAUUAUUUACCCAACCUUGUCUGUUGUCCUUUGGCUCCUUUGACUACAACUUUCUGAAUGCUUUUAAAGUGAAGUGACUGUAAAAGGUAAAAUGUAUUUAUGAUGGGUAGGUAUCUGAUGAAUGAUUUGCUGCUGCUACAUCUAAGAUAAAAUGCUAUAAAAUAAUAAAAUUCUUGGCAUUUAUUUAUUAUUAUUGCAUUCGAUUUCAGCCUUUAUUGGCGGAUAAAGGAGAUGGACAGGAAAUACAGAACUGAAGUAUGAUUCGGAACAAAAGGUCCCCAGCUGCACAUUUAAAUGUGGUAUGUAUCAUAACCCUGAGGUAACCAAGAGCCUCUGUCACUCUUGAAUGCUCACCAGUCUAAUUUGAAUCACCCCCUGGUACGUCUGCUGGCAGCAGAGUCCUUAAGCUGACCUACUGUUCUACUGCUACUGUGUGUGUUUUUGCAGCGGUGUUAAUAUGCAGACCAGUGUGUACACUGCAAUGCCAAAGAGCUAAGAAUAGCAGCCCCUAAAUAUCGUGAUUGCAAUGUUCUGGGUGUGAGAGUAAAAGAGAGAGAGGGAGAGCAAGAUGAAGAUGAUGUUACGUGUGUAAAAAUGGAACUGGGACAACAAGUACACAGCUGGAGCUUGGUACUGUAUGUGUUACAGAUGCAAGGUUGGUAUGUAGUCAGCUGGGUAUGGCACGAUGUGCGUACGUGGAUGUUUCAGCAACUUCCUUGGCUGAUUGUUGCUUUUGAAGUGCCAUGUGUACAUUUUUAGCAUUGGAGCUUUAGACCCUGGAGUAAACAUGAAAACUAUUUUGUCAUGACACAUGUCAUUUACUUAAAGUGUGGAGCCAGAAAGGUGGUUAAAUACUAUCGAGUAAAGGCUCUUAGAACUUUUUCCAGCAUGCCUCUAGCUAACAGGACCACACGAUGGUUUGUGUAACAAUGGUGGUUUGUGUAACAAACCAUCUGGGAAGAUGUCAUUGAAAACUAUUUGGAAAAGAACUGGCCCUUUGAAAAAUACAGGCCGGGUGAUUGGAUGAACCAAUCUGCCUAUCAGUGACUAUCAGUGACAAACCUCAACCAGUCAGACCAAUGCUAUACUAACAUUAAAUCAUAUCUCUAGUUCAUGCCGUAUGGGCAAAUAGUUCCUCAUAGGAUGUUGAUUUGACUGUAACAACUGUGUUUGGAUACAAACAUGUAACUAGAACUUGCCAAGAUGGGUUCUUGCCACCUCGCAAGUUUAGUCAUUAGCAGCAUUCCUCUAUCUGCGUCCAUCUGGAUGUCAGUCAUUCAUGUUCCUUUAGAAAAUGUAUCCUAAUGACUUUGGUGAUAACUUGACUUUUUUAUCUCAUCUACACGAUGGAUUGGAAGAUUUUGCUACAGCCAUGCAUGGUGUCCAGAGAAUGAAUCUUAAAGACUUUCAGGAACUCUUGACGUUUCCUCAAGUGCAUGUUCUUUUUAUAAUGUUCCCUGCAGCCUAACAGAGCCACUACUAUGACUGUAGACUCUUAGUCCUCUCUCUAGUUAAUGUUACCAAAAAGUUGGACACUUACAAAUCUUUAAGUAUAUUUAUAAUAUAUACAAAUACAGACAUCAUGUU